AUGGCUGGUGGCGCUCGGGUGGAGGUUCUCUUGGUCCUUGACCCACGGAACAACACCGCCUUUAUUCACCGUGGUGCAGGGGAACGCAUUGGCAACUUCACCAUCAUGGAAGGGCCUUACCAGAGUUUGAGUGACACUGUGGAUGCCUUCCCCUCUGGUGUGUCUGUGGUUUUUGAUCCCUUCAUGGCCCAAGACUUUCCGAUAGAUCCACGCUAUGCCGCAGGGAUGGCACUGAACCAGACAGCAGCACUGGAGGGAGCGCUGGAACGCGCUCGCUCUCACGUGAGGCAGUGGGAAGCGAUGCAACGCUGUUGGGAGUUGAUGAACAAUUUGAUCUUGCCAGAUGUUGCGAUCCGACUCCGUGACGACGAUGCUAUUCUGGAAACCUUCGAGCUGCCUGAUUCCUUUGGGGUGCAUGCGCCAAGCUGCGCCGAUUGUAAUGGCCUCAACGACAAAGGGGCCAUCGUUCUGGGGACAGGAAACAUGCUGGGAUAUUUCACAAUGCCUUUGCAAUUCAUGCGCUUCGCCUUCGACAGCUUGGUUGAUGUCCAACGCCAACGCACAAAUGUACCGUUGAAUCCAGAAAGUGUCUUGCUGAAUUCCAUGAUGCUGGCACAAGUGCCGGUGCAACGCCUUGGCCCCAACGAAGCUCCGAUCUUGCCCGCCAAGUUCUUGACCGAUGGGGAUCAGGCACACCUUUGCUAUUUCCAGAAUUACAACUUCAGGCCAUGUAUCCGGCAAGAGAUUUGGACGUAUUUGAGCUCUGCUGGCAAGAGCAUCUACGAUGAUGCUGAUCCAAGUGAGCUCAAAUUUCUUUGCGAGAGCAACGCACUUCAACUGGAGCGCAGCGCCCAAGGGGAGGUUCAGGCAGAGGCAGCGGCAUGCGAGGAGCGCCUAGAGGUGACGCGGUUGGCUUUGGCACAAAUGCAGAGUGAAGUCACAGCUCAGGCAGAGCUAUUGGAACACGUACAGCAGCAAAUGGUGGAGCUGAUGAGUCCGCCACCAAUGGAACGAUCCCUAAGGAUUUCGCGGAGGGUUCAGCGCUGGACGAAGCUUGAGCCUCAGCUGGGGCGCCUUCGUGGACUUCAAGGCUUGGAGUUGAUCAAGUCAUCGCAAAGCCACUCUCUCACGGGCGCCGGACGCGAAGGUCUUGUGCCUGGGCCGCUGGAGACCUUGGAUGGGCGCCGACGCGAGGACGACAACGGAAAGGACGACAACAGUCUCGCUUUGCAUCAACAUGCAUGCCCACUCGCAGCCAACACCGAAGCCGCCUUGAAGACCGUGACUGAGCACAGCCGUGCUGUGGGCCUGGAGUUUGCACACUUCGGUGCCCGGGAUCCGGAACUUGAAGAAGCGCGUGCAGGUCAAGACUUCCAUUGUCCUGCCGCCUGCUCGGUUCUCAUGCUGGAGGAUCCCGUGUUCGAGAAGCUGCUUCUCUCGCGCCUGAAGCCGGCUGACUUAUCGCGUUGCGCCGCCUUGAUUUGUUUAGAUCUGAAGACUCCCUGUACGAUGAUGGAGGACUUGCGAACUUGGCUGGAGAUCCUGAAGCGACUCACGGGUGAGCUGAUGCAGCAGCUCCCACUUGAGGAGCAGGAUCAUCUCCGGGAAGAAGUCUCUGAACGCUUGGCCAACUAUGAGGAGCCACGAGAGCCGGGCCCAGAGGGAGACUCCAAAAGCAGAGUAAGCGACGAGCUGGUGCUGGCCUACAACCUUGGCAUCCCCUUGGUUGUAGUAGUCACUCGCGCAGAUACCUCAAAUGCGCUCGAGUCGGCAAAGACCCUGGGCUGGAGCGAAACCAUCGAGGCCUACCUGCGAAAUGAGUGUCUUCCAUUUGGUGCUGCCAUUGUCUACACCGCCGUCCAAGCCAAGAACCGCCGAAAUGUGGAAGUCCUCUACGAGUACCUCAUGCAUCGGCUCUAUGGACACGCGCUGAAGGCGGCGCCCAACGUGCCAUCUCGAGAUGCUCUAUUUGUUCCAGCUGGUUGGGACAGUCGGGAGCGAGUGGACAAGACUGCUUCUGCCCUGGAGGGCGGGCUGGACCGUGCCUAUGAGUCUGUUGUCCUCUCUUUGGAGCCACCACCUCCACCACCGCCUCCCACAGUUGUUUGCGAUGACAUGCAGGAGUUCCUCAAACGCUCCGAAAAAGUGCUCCAGCGCAUGGGUGCCGUGUCAGCUCGCAGUGACAAGGCAGGCCGUGCCUUUUGUUUCAAGGCCCGAAGAAGUCUCCCACGACAGAGCUGUCGGGCACAGGUGGCAAGCGUGGAUCUAUUGAUCCAAAAGCAGGAAUCGGCAAGGGCGACAACGCUUCUGUGGCGAUGCUUCUUUGCAAGUGGUCAAGCGAUGGCCUCCAACCUGCCAAGUCAGUUCUAGUAAAUUCUGGAUCUCUCUCAAUAAGAUCAAUAAGUCACGAAAAAGAAUAGAGUAGAAGGUAAGGCCUCCUUUGGGGGGCUUUGCCUUAUUGUGUUUUCCCGCUGAAGCAUGUCCAACGGCUCGGUUGCCAUGUAGAUUCCUUUGCUAAUUUGAAUUCUAAUUGAGCUUAAUGAAAGAAAUGCUAAUUAUUGUUUCUACUAGCUUCUUGUUCCUAGUAGUACCCUUGUUACCAGAAGCGAUGCCGGGAGCCCGUAGUAGCGUCCUGCUUCUAUGUCCGGCUCAGUUGGUGAUGAACAAUGUGCCUUCUGGAC